GAUAUACAAGGAAUUUCAGCUAUGGAAAUAGAGAGUUAUCGCUUACCCAUGCAACGAUUGGUCGAGGAAAGAAAAGAGAAAAGAAAAAAUCAAAGGAAACGAUAAGGAAAAUGGCGGGUACUCUGUCUUCUUCAACUCUCCAUUGCCAAACUUGUCUAGUUUUCACUUCCCAGAAUCCAUUGAGAACCUUGAAUUCUUCUUUCCUCAUAAACAUCGAGAAGCGAGCUCUUAUCCGUUGCUCCACCAAGAAGAAAAUUGGAUUCGUGGAUCAAAUUCUCGAUUAUAUUGAAGGGGGUCCUAAGUUAAGAAAAUGGUAUGGGGCACCUGAACUACUACCAAAAGAUGGACCGAUCGUGGAAGAUCAGGAGGAGGAGGACUAUCCAGAAGAUGAAGUCAGGGAUGCAGUUUUAGUAACAGAUGGGGAUAGUGAAAUUGGACAGAUGAUGAUAUUGUCAUUGAUUAUUAAACGAACUAGAGUAAAGGCAUUAGUGAAGGAUAAACGCUCAGCUAAUGAAGCUUUUGGAACUUAUGUUGAAUCAAUAUCUGGAGAUACAAGUAACAAGGUAUUUGUAAAGAAAGCUCUUCGUGGAGUUCGUGCAAUCAUAUGCCCAAAUGAAGGUUUUUUAUCAAGUAUUGAGAGCUUUAAAGGUGUUGAACAUAUAGUUCUCUUGUCUCAGUUGUUUGUUUAUAGAGCAAGCAGUGGUAUUCAGGCUAUUAUGAAAAACAAUCAAAGAAAGUUAGCUGAGAAAGAUGAAUCAGUACUGAUGGCUUCAGGAAUUCCAUACACCAUAGUUAGAGCAGGAAUGUUGCAAAAAACUCCUGGAGGAACUCAAGGUUUCAGUUUUGAAGAGGGCUGUUCAGCAAGUGGAAGCCUCAGCAUGGAGGAUGCUGCCUCUGUAUGUGUGGAAGCACUUAAAGUAGUUCCACAAGCAAGGUUCACAUUUGAGGUUGUCAAUGGAGGAGAGAAAGUUUCAGAUUGGAAAGAGUGUCUGACUAGAUUGAUAGGAAAAACAGAGCAGUAGCUGCCAUGACAGUGGCACCAUAUCCAAGCAAACACACAAUGACAAAAGUGCACCCAUUUGUUUCUUUUUCUCCCAUCAUGCGUUAAAUUAUUUGGUCAUAUUAAAAUAUGUUUGCCUGCAUCUGAACUGAAAAUGUUUCUAUAAAGUUCUUCUGGGCAAACUGAAAGAUUUCAACUGCAACAGCUAUGUUGAAUUUCAGGACAGGUUCAUGUUCAACAUCAUGCUAUAUAGAUAUUACUUCUAUUUUAAGAUUUAAAUGAAAGUUCACUUCUUUUAUUGACAUUCUGUAUGAGAUUUUUCAAUUAGAAAUCUUAAGUUUCAGUGGGUUUUAUUUUAA